AUGGCUGCUGCAGCUGAUAAAUCCAAACCAUACAUACCUCUAUCCGGCGGCGCCGACGAUGGGUGGUCCAAGGGAGACCAAGCAACAGCUACGUGCUACUGUGGAGCAGUUCAAUUAGCAUUUCCAACACAAGCCCCAGGCCUAGUCGACACAUUCAUUUGCCACUGCACAGACUGCCGCAAGAUAACAGCCUCAAUGUUCGCCUCCAAUUUAAUCGUGGCAGACACCCAUCUCCACCACCUGCGUGGCCGAGAGACCCUCAAGACAUUUAGUCAGUCGAAGACCAUAGCGUCCGGCAAGGCAAUGACGAAUUAUUUCUGUUCAACAUGCGGAACGCUUAUGUAUCGUGUGGGUGAGAAGUAUCCGGGACAUAGUAUCCUGAGGAUUGGGACAGUGGACGAUUUCAGUUUGCAUGAGACCAAGUUGAGGCCCAGGGUUGAGCAGUAUAUUAAGGACCGGGUUGGGUGGUUGGAUGCUGCGGAUGGGGUUAGGCAAUUCGAGGGGUCGGCUUUUACGCCUAAUAGUGAGAACUCGACUAAGCUUUGA